UGCCCGCUACCACCUACUUGUACGGAUGGGGGCCCUCUUGUUCAUGGACAAGUCUGCGGACCGGGUCUCACUGGUGCCUCUGCAGUUGCUCAACCUAGUCAGCAAUGCGAGACGGUAUAGCUGGGGUAGUGCAGCAUUGGCCUGGCUGUAUAGGCAACUUUGUGGUGCAUCGAAGAAGGAUGCGAUGCAGAUUGGAGGAGCACUCUUGUUGGUGCAGCUAUGGGCCUAUUCAAGGUUCCCACAAUUAUGCCCUGUUGUGAGGCCGCCUCUACCGCCAGUGCACUCAGGGCCCCUUGCCAUUAGGUGGAGCGGGCCAAAAUGCACCGCAGAGCAUGCCACACACGUCCUUGCUGCGUACCGGGCGUCACUGGCUACACUACGGGCCGAGCAGAUUGUAUGGGAGCCGUACACACAUACGCUAGGCUCCCUACCUGCGUAUUGCACUGCUGGGCAGCAUAUUUGGAGGGCCGAGGUGCCGUUGAUAUUCUUUUGGAUAGUGGAGUGGCAUCAUCCUGAGCGAGUCCUCCGUCAGUUUGGGAUGAAGCAACCAGUUCCAAGUGUCGUGGAUACGUCGACUACCCUUCACAAGAUAUCCCUUCAGGGUAAAUGGGAGAAGAACUGGGAGGUAGAACAUGAUCCCUUUAUUCGGCAAUGGGCCAACCGAGUGAAUGUAGUUCGCGGGUCCGAUCUCCUAGACGAUGAUGAUACGUAUCUCGUUGAGUACAUGAUGUGGUACAAUCGCCACACAAGGCGGUACAUAACACCAGAGUCUGCGUAUUGGGAACUCAUGGUUCGGACGAUGAUUAGGUCUAUACAGAGGUGCGAUGAAGGUUCUGACAUGCACACUGACCUUACAUUUACACUAGAGCUUGUGGAGGAGCUAGGCCGACUUAAAUUGGCGAAUGCGCUUGCAGAAGCAGUUGACAUUGGUACACAGGCCCCAGUUCGUGGCGGGCAACGUGGUGGGUCUCGUGGGGGUGGACAUCGUGGAGGUGGUCAAGCUGGUCCCAGCCGUACGACCGAGUCAGCUCCCAUCUACGAGGAAGGGAAUGAGUCGGGUGCAGAAGAGGCAUGGCUUGGCACUGAUUGGGUACUGUCUGAUGACGACGGCAGGACACCGCGAUGCACGCCUGGCGAUGGUGCUGGGCCAUCCCAUAGCGUCGAUCAUCAGGGCACUGUUCUAGCCCACACUACAUCCUAUGGUGCUAGCACGGACUAUGAGGGCCCUCCUCGUAUGUCGCCCCUAGUUUUCAGUGGAUCUGCCCAUGAUGGUGGAUGCAUAUUUGUCCCCACACCAGGCAUGCCCACCCCACCUCUAGUGCAUGUGGACCCCACCAUGUUAGCUCCAUCUCAAACCCCCCACGGAGAGGCUGUACAGAUUGAGCAGAUACCGACUGAGGACAUUGAGCCAGUGGAGGCUUUACGGAGAUCGUGA